GGGAGCCACUAGGUGGCUGGCGCCUGGCUAUAUAUAAAGCAAUCAAGAAUGGAAGAAUUCUCUUGAAAAAGGUCACGAGUCACACCCACUGCACUACACGACACUUCGCCACCCGGAAGAGAAGAAACUUACGGCAUUUCUUAUACUCUCACUUCUCUGCGUUACCAAAUCUCACUUCCCAAAGAUCUAAAAAUCAAGUCUUGAUUGGCAGAUCCCAUCAUCAACUUCUGGGUUCAAGUUUCAUUCUCUUCAAAACUUGUGGAGAGUGAUCUGAAAUGGCCAUUUGUGCUACCUUGAAGUCUACUGCCCACUUCCCCAGAGAGUCUGAGUUUUGGGGAGAGAGGAUCAGAGGCAGUCUAAAGAACCAUUCAUUUGCUGGUCAGUUCCGGAAAAGUUUGAGGCUUGAAGGAAAGAAGAAGCAGAAGGUCAAAGCUGGGGUUGCAUUCUCUGUUCUCACUGCUGAAAAUGGAAGAGAGACUGUGACUAUAGAUGUACCAAGACGGGAGAGACGUCGGGCGGAUCCUAAAAACGUGGCUGCAAUCAUCCUGGGAGGUGGGCCUGGGACGCAACUAUUCCCUCUUACCAACAGAGCUGCAACUCCAGCUGUUCCAGUUGGAGGGUGCUAUAGGAUGAUAGACAUCCCAAUGAGCAAUUGCAUCAACAGCGGAGUUAACAAGAUCUUUGUCCUGACUCAGUUCAAUUCUGCUUCUCUAAACCGUCACAUUUCCCGCACCUACUUUGGCAAUGGUGUGAACUUCGGAGAGGGUUUUGUUGAGGUGUUGGCUGCAACCCAAACACAAGGGGAAACUGGAAUGGAGUGGUUUAAAGGAACAGCAGAUGCUGUUAGACAAUUUACAUGGGUAUUUGAGGAUGCUAAGAACAAGGAUGUUGAUAAUAUAGUCAUUUUGUCAGGCGAUCAACUUUAUCGCAUGGAUUACAUGGACUUGGUGCAGAAUCACAUUGAUCGCAAUUCUGAUAUUACUAUUUCGUGUGCUGCAGCAGGAGAGAGCCGAGCAUCGGAUUUUGGGCUGGUGAAAAUUGACAGAUGGGGCAAAGUAGUCCAGUUUUCUGAGAAACCCAAGAGAGGUGAUCUGAAAGCCAUGGAAGUAGACACUACUCUCUUGGGAUUGUCACCUCAAGAUGCCAAAGUUAACCCUUAUAUAGCUUCAAUGGGAGUUUAUGUGUUUAGGAGAGAUGUCCUUUUGAGGCUGUUGAAGUGGAGAUAUCCCACAUCCAAUGACUUUGGAUCCGAGAUUCUCCCCGCUGCUGUGAUGGAUCACAAUGUCCAAGCUUAUGUUUUCAGAGACUACUGGGAGGAUAUUGGGACAAUAAAAUCAUUCUAUGAUGCUAACUUGGCCCUAACUGAAGAGUCGCCAAAGUUUCAGUUCUAUGAUCCAAAGACACCUUUCUAUACAUCCCCGCGAUUUCUACCACCAACCAAAAUUGACAACUGCACGAUCAAGGAUGCAAUAGUUUCUCAUGGGUGUUUCUUACGAGAGUGCGCUGUGGAGCACUCCAUUGUUGGUGAACGUUCACGGUUAGAUGGUGGCGUUGAAUUGAAGGAUACUUUAAUGAUGGGAGCAGAUUACUAUGAAACAGAAUCUGAAAUUGCCUCACUUCUAGCCGAGGGAAAGGUGCCAAUUGGAAUUGGAGAAAACACAAAAAUUAGGAAUGCUAUCAUUGACAAGAACGCAAGGAUUGGUAAAGAUGUCGUCAUCCUGAAUAAAGAUGGUGUCCAAGAAGCAGACAGGCCAGAUGCAGGUUUCUACAUUAGGUCAGGGAUUACUAUUAUAAUGGAGAAGGCAACUAUUCCUGAUGGAACUGUCAUAUAAUAACAUGAGCAGAGCAGAAGAAGGUUCUUGGUUAAACUAUGUUCCAGUAAAGACUCACAACAAGAUAUUUUCUGCAAGUUUAUGAAGACUGAAGAGAAGCACAACUGAAGCAGAUCAAACAAAAAUGUCCCAAAAAAAAUUAAUGUAGAACUGUUCAAGAGUAUGUAAGAUAAAUCCAAUUUUCAUUCAGAUCAUUAAUAAUACUAAAGAUGGCUAUUUAGCUGUGGUUGUAAAAGCUUUUGAUUAUAAUAGCUAGAAAGCUCAGCAUCAAGUUUCAUUCUCAUUCUCCUUAUUAUUGUUAUUUUAUUGUUAUUAUUUACGAGUAUUAUUUUUUCAUUCUUCCAAAACAAAAACUGAUUAAUGGGGUAAAUGAAGGAAAGUAAUCAUCAAUAGUACUUUCCAGGAUAGGGUUAGAAGCUG